GCUCACUUCUUCGGUUACUCGCAGUCGCCAUUGCCGUGCAAGCAAUUACUUCCCCGUCCCCUACCCACCCUCCCAGCCACGCGCAGAUCAAUGGAGAGGCAGAGGAGCCCCUUCUCCUGCUCCUGGUCGUACCACUGCCACCUGCUGAGCCCAAAGAGCCUCUUCCUCGCUUCCUUCGCCUCCUUAUCCCUCCUCUUCUCUUUUCUCUUGGCCUUCCGCCAUGGCCGCUCGCUCCACCUUCCCUUUGCGCUCGCCGCAGCCCCGGCGCCGGUUCUCGUGGGCGGUGGGGGUUACUGGGGCGACCCAGCGGCGGUGGAGGUUGAAGAGGCGGUUCUCGGGCUCAGGAGAGGGGAAUCGGCCGCGGAGGGAGCCCGCACCGCUGUUCCCGGAGACUUGUCGGUGCGCGGCGUGGGCUCGGUAACGCAGGCGCAGGAAGCUGUUACUCCAGGAGGGAAUGGCAGAGCACCCUCGAAUGGUGAGGUUUUCAAAGAGCAAAAGAUCGUGGAAGCUGGAAACCACUCUUUUGGUUUUGGAGGCUUGGAUUCGGCUGUGGAGGAGGUGAAGGAAGCUGCUCCUGAAGGUGGAGGUGGCGAGAGGUUGUCAGAAGAUUCGAUUUCAGAGAGACCAGUCAUAGCAGAAGGCAAGAAUCUUAGCAAAGAAGUUCUUGGUUCGCCAACUGCAUCAGCAGAGAAAUCGGAGGGAACGGGGUCUGCGCGAGCUGUCAAUUUCUCCAUACAAGCUUCAGGUCCCUUAAAGGGGUCGAAAGGCGAAUUCUUGCAAGAUGGACAUGUUGACGGUAGGGCUAUUUCCUCUGUGCAUGGAGCUUAUGCUUCUGAACAAGGGGAACGAUGGGAAAGCUCAGAUCGUUCAACAGUGAAGUACAAACCAGGAGCAGCUCCAGUGAAUCCAACUAAACAAGAACCUAAUCCGAAUCCAGAAAUGGCUGCGAGCAAAAUUGGUUUGGCGCAAAGCAAUGCUGCAAACUGUGAUGUUUCUGAUGGGAGUUGGGUGUUUGACGAGAGCUAUCCAGUCUACGCGAGCAAUGUGUGCCCAUUUAUAGAUGAAGGAUUCAGCUGUGAAGCUAAUGGGAGAGUGGACCAAAGCUAUAUGAAGCUCAGGUGGCAACCUAAGCAUUGCAGCAUUCCAAGGUUUGAUGCUAGGAAAAUGCUUGAGAUGCUGCGAGGAAAGCGACUAGUGUUUGUUGGAGAUUCCAUUAACAGGAACCAAUGGGAAUCCAUGAUGUGCUUGCUGAGUACGGAAAUCUCAGAUCCUGCAAGGAUUCAUGAAACUCGUGGCCGCAAGAUUAAGAGAGAGAAACGAUAUUACAACUUCGUGUUCUUGGACUAUAAUUGCAGUGUAGAGUAUCAUGCCACACAUUUCUUGGUGCAUGAAGCCAAGGCAAGAAUGGGCCAGAAGGGCACAAUGACGCUAUGGAUCGAUACCAUAGAUCGGAGCUCAUCAAGAUGGAAAGGUGCUGAUGUGCUUGUGUUCAACUCUGCUCAUUGGUGGUCACGUCACAAAACAAAUGAUGGAGUGAAUUUCUAUCAAGAAGGAGAUCAUGUUCACCCAUAUCUUGAUGCCUCCACAGCUUUCCAAAGAGCACUAACGACAUGGGCAUUGUGGGUUGACCGCUACAUCAAUCCACAGCGAACUCGAGUGUUCUUCCGAAGCACAUCGCCGUCACAUUUCAGCGGAGGAGAGUGGAAUUCAGGGGGACACUGCAGAGAGAGCACACUAGGCCCUAAUGACAGCCGUCUAUGGCCAAUGCCUGAGAUAAACGUGAUGCUGGAACAAGUCUCUAAGCAAAUGAAGAAUCCUGUGACAAUUCUGAACAUCACUGAUCUAUCCAGGCUAAGAAUGGAUGGUCACCCAUCUGUUUAUCGACGGAAGGGAGUAGAUUUAACAGCAUCGAGUGCCCAGGACUGCAGCCACUGGUGCCUUCCUGGAGUCCCAGACACAUGGAAUGAGCUGCUGUUCUACCAUCUAGUGUCCUCACGAGAAUAGGACAGUAACAAGGUGGUGAUCACAGUCUUUUUCCUUUUCUGGAUAAGCUCUUAUAUGUUUUUUCCUCGGUAAAUGUAAGUUGAUUCAUUGACUGUAAAUAGAGAGCAAUUGGUUGGAUACCAUAUAUAGUUCCAUAAAUAUUCCUAAUCAAUUACCAAAGGAGUUUUUA